AUAGUUUGGGUCACGUGUCGAGUUUGUGGUGAAUCUUGAAGUUUGCAGAGCGAAGAGGGGCGGGCGAUUCUCAGUUCUCUCUCUUUUCUGUUGGAGACUUUCAAGCCGAGAUCUGUCAUCUCAAUAGCUCUAGUUUAGAUCUUAAUCACUGAAAUGGCCGGUAAAAUUGCUGAUCUCACUGUCUUUUCUUCUGCAUUUUCGUUUUAUCUUGUGCGAUGGCCAGGUACUGCAACCGCCACCGCCGCCGCCGCCGAGCAAUCUUCAAGCCCAUGGCUCGCUACAAACCCUAGCAAGAGAUGGGGAGAGCUCUUCUUUCUUUCCUACACUCCGUUUUGGCUCACUCUUUGCUUGGGAAUCGUCGUGCCUUUCAAACUCUACGAGAGUUUUACAGAAUUGGAAUAUUUGCUUCUUGGACUGUUAGCAGCACUUCCUUCUUUCUUGAUACCAGUGGUGUUUGCUGGAAAGGCUGACUGCAAAUUACCUUGGAAAGAGCGUUACUGGGUAAAGGCUAGUCUUUGGAUUAUUAUCUUCAGCUACGUUGGGAAUUACUUUUGGACCCACUAUUUUUUCACGGUUUUGGGAGCAUCUUAUACCUUUCCAUCAUGGACGAUGAACAAUGUACCACAUACGACCUUUCUUCUUACGCAUGUCUGCUUUCUGUUCUAUCACGUCGUAUCAAACAUGACUUUGCGGAGACUUCGACAUUCUAUUGCGGACUUGCCAGAGAAUAUUCAAUGGAUGAUGGAGGUUACAUGGAUUUUUGUACUCUCAUAUUUCGUUGCAUACUUGGAGACUCUGGCCAUUUCUAAUUUCCCUUACUACGUAUUUGUGGAUCGGGAUUCAAUGUACAAAUUUGGGUCAUUGUUUUAUGCGAUCUACUUCUGGGUCAGCUUCCCAAUGUUCUUGAGGAUUGAUGAGAAGCCUGGUGACCUUUGGGACUUGCCAAGAGUGGCUAUUGAUUCUCUAGGAGCAGCAAUGUUGGUUACAAUAGUACUUGAUUUGUGGCGCAUCUUCCUGGGGCCUAUUGUGUCACUUCCACCGAAAAAGCAAUGUAAUCAACCAGCAGGGCUGCCAUGGUUUCUUGGACAAAGCAAAUAGAACUUCAUAACUCAUUUGCUACUAGUGUUAAUGAUGGUCUGUGUUGUAACCAAGGUUAAAAUGUUAGAAAUGUGUUGAUGGAUAUUUGGAGAAAAAUUACAGAAAUUAAUAAAAACUAUUUCGAUUAGUA